GCGAAGAGGCUCCGGGCUCGGCCAGUGUCUGCCCCGGGACUGGGCCCUGGGACUAGGCGGGGCACAGGUGUCCCAGGAGGGGGCGCCCUGACGUAACGCGAACGGGCCACCUGUCCCUCCCACGCCUGCGCUGCCACCCGCCCUGCUCCGCCAUCGCCUCCGCCAUCGCCUCCCCCAAAGUGCCCCGGGUCCUCCGAGACGUCGUCGUCCGAGAUGUUCUGCGGGAGGAACGUCUGCUAAAGCCGGUCCUCGAGUCCCGCCCCGCCUCAGGAGGGGCAGCGCCCGGAUUGUCUUAAGUGCAACACUUGCCAAAAGGGGCUCUUUGGGAUUGGGGACUUUUUUUCCUAAGCAACGGACGUACCUUUCUAGACUCACCAACUUAGAAACACAGGUUUUCUGUUUGUUUCAUUAUUAGACCUUCAAAGAUCAUCACGUCCCACAGCCUCCUCCUUUUCCAGAUGAGGGGACUGAAAAUCAGAAAGAUUUUGCCUUUUGCUCAAGGUCACACAGCUCAAGUUCACUGUGCGGCUGGGACUAGAGGGUCCGAAUAUUCUGCAGCUAUGAAAUGAAAAAAAUAAGUUUGGCUGGAGGGUGGAGGGCAUCCAGGUCUGUCCUGGCCAGCCGGCGGGGAGGCUCAGCCCAGGGUUCAGAUUUUCCUGGAGCCAGUCCACCAGCGGUCAGGCCACAUGUGAGUAAUAAAGAAUUGAGUGUUGUGUACUUUAGGCUGGUCUCCCUCUUCCUGGCCCCCUUCCCCGGCCUUAACUUCCUUUUGGAGUCCCUACUGACUUCUGGGUGUCCACCAUGGGCCCUGUUGGAAAAAUUUCAGCUCCAUCCCAGAAUAAAAGGAAUGAAAACCUGGGGAAAGGAGCCAAGGAGGAAAAGCCACAAAUACGCAUCUGGCCGAGGUAGAGGGAGCAGCUCCAAGAGCCUGCAGAGAUGCACUGUGACUGCUGUUUGCAGAGGUUCAGCUUCCAGAGGCUCCAAUGCCCUCCUGGGUCCUGCUCCUGAGAAAUCAGAGCAGGCAAGAGAGAAGACCCAUGUUCCCCACCGAAUUUUUCCUGCCGCCAAGUCCUUCAGGUUUCUGCAGACCGUGGGGAAGAGCAAGAACUAUGCAGUCAGACAAGAGGGCAGGCCCACCUCUGGGGUACUUUUCAACUGCAGAGAGCCUCAGAAAGAGUGGACAUGA